GUGCCAGCUGCACAAUCUCUUCUGUCUCCACGGCUUCGUCCAUUUCGAGCUGUUCGACUGUCACUAUUGAGGCCUUCACCGUUCCCAGUGGAAGUACCUUGAGCCUCUCCGUACGUGGCUGUUUUUACCUUUACACGUGUGUCGUUUUAUACAUAACAUUAGCCCAUGUCGGGCGCGACUAUCACCAUGGCUGGUGACAUCACCUUUGCCAAAACCACUAGUGAUGGCCCGCUAUUUACCAUUGACGGCGACGACAUCAUUUUCGAUGGCGCAGGAUUCUCAUUUGACGGAAACGGCGCAGAUUACUGGGAUGGUGAAGGUACAAACGGCGGUGUCGACAAACCUCAUCCCUUCUUAAAGUUCAAGGGCUCCGGCACAUACUCCGAUUUCACCGUCUUGAACAGCCCUGCUCAGGCUAUAUCCAUCGGUAACAGUGACGGCCUCGUAUUUGACAGCAUCACUGUUGACAACAGCGAUGGUGAUACCGACGACCUCGGUCAUAACACCGAUGGUUUCGACGUUUCGGCUGACGACGUGACUAUCAAAAAUUCGGUCGUCAAAAACCAGGAUGACUGUAUCGCAAUCAACGAUGGCUCGAACAUCGUUUUCGAGAACAACCAGUGCUCUGGCGGGCAUGGCAUUUCCAUCGGUUCCAUCUCUAGUGACAAGUCCGUCUCCGACGUUACUAUCUCCGGAAACACAGUCACCGACUCAAUGUAUGGAUUGAGAAUAAAGGUCAAGGCCUCAGCCACAGAUGCUUCCGUGUCCAGUAUCACAUACUCUGGAAACACCCUCAGCGGCAUUGACGAAUAUGGAGUUCUGAUUACACAAUCCUACCCCGAUGAUGAGGGUACCCCCGGAACUGGCGCGCCUAUUUCGGACGUAAACUUCACUGGAAGCGCUACUACCAUCAAGGUCGGAGACGAUGCUCAACGACUGGUCGUCAACUGUGGUGCCUGCUCUGGAACUUGGGAUUUCUCCGAGCUGACGAUAACUGGUGGUUCAGAAGGAACAGUUUCCAGCGAUGAUGCUACUAUCUCUGGUGGAUCGUACUAGGGCGGAUUCAUUCCGUAAUUUAGUUGUGACU